AUGUCGGAACCCGAAAGUAGCACUGCACAAACAACGCCGAUGCUGAACACCCUACUGGCAAAACAACCGCAUGAAGGGCCAUCCCAAUACGCACAAACGCAACUACACCCGGCUACGCCGUUGACGAAUGGAGAACGCUACCCGGGACAAUCGUCGAAUGUUCAAGCCUCAUCGAGUGGAGUGGAUGGAGUGCCAGGAGGCGGACUACAACCCCAACAGCCGAAUCAAGGACCACCUGGGAUGGGUCCACACGGAAUCCCGCCCGGUAUGUCCCAUCCAGGAAUGCACCAAAUGUCCGGAAUGCCACCACAUCACAUCCCGCAACCCGGAUAUCAUGGAUACCAACCUGGAUACUAUCCACAGAUGGGCCAAAUGAGAGCAAUGCAUCCACACCAUCCAAUGUACCCACCCGGAGCCAUGGGCCACCCUGCUCAAUUCCCGCCACAUUACGGCCCACCAAUGAUGAUGCGGCCACAACCACCGGGAGAUCUCGUGAAAAUGCCGCAAGGACCAAAUCCCCUGGAAUGGGCGAAUGCGCAAAAGUUGAAGGAAAACGAGGAAAACGGUGAUGCUAAACCAGGCAGCUCGCAACCGACCGCCGGAGCACCACCACAAUGGCAUGGAGCACCGAUGGGAAUGCAUCCGGGGAUGGUACAUCCACAAGCCGGACACAUGGUUCCACCGAAUGCUCAACAACCCCAGCAAUCCGCUCCACCACCAGCCAUCAAUCGCAAAGCGAAUAUCGUUGAUCAAUUGGUGGGCCCAGUCACAGCUUCAAAUCCGGCUCGAGUGAUGCCUGAGAGAAAGCAUUUCUUCGAGAGACUUGUCGCUUUUUGCGAGCAACAAGGCGAGCCGAUCACCGUUGUUCCACAGGUUUCUAAACAAAAUGUGGAUUUGCACAGGCUUUACAUUGCAGUGAGAAAUCGAGGAGGAUUUGAAAAGGUGACAAAAGAGAAGGCUUGGAAAUCGAUUUGCCCGGAGGCGAACCCGGAUAUCUCGGAAUCUUCGGCAGCUGGAUAUCAACUACGGAAACACUAUCAAAAACACUUAUUGCUAUUGGAAUGUAUGGAAACGGGAAGAAAUCCGGAAGAAGCGAUUGCGUUCGCCGACAAGUUGAAGAAAAAGAAAUCGAAGAGCGAGAAAGAAAAGGAUAUUAUUGCAGACGGAGCAAGUACAAGCGCCGGAACGCCAGGCCCCCAUACUCCGGCUCGAAUCGGAAGCCCGAGCAUGGUCAACCAAAUGCAGUCCGGUCCACAAACGAUGCCAGGAUACAAGAAAAAAGGCAAUUCGUCAAAAUUUUCCUUGAAGUGGGCGCCACAGAGUUCUCGCGAUUUCCCGGCGGCCGUGCCAUCGACAUCUGGUCUCCAAAAUCAUAUUCCGAUGGCACAAGGCCGGGUGGCGGCGACGGCCACCUGGUAUCCGCAUCACGCGAAUCAGACGGGCUAUCUGUCCGUGGCACAGAAUUCCCCGCGAAACUCACCAACGCCCGGAAAUCCGUUUCAAUCGAAACCCUCGGUCAGCCCGACUCCUCCAAUGUCCUAUGGGCAAUACGCGGUGAAUUACUAUCAUCAGCAUAACUUGCAACGCGAAGCUUUUCUCCGAUCUCGUACCUACCAGAGUGGCCAAAAUCCUGGCUAUCCAAAUGAUUGGCGAAUGCAAUUUCCCCAACAGCAAUAUGGUGUUCCGGGUGUUGUCCAACAACCGCAUCAUCCCGGCUACCCACCGGGCUACCCGAUGCCGCCCGGAGCUGCCGGCUACUAUCAUCCUGAUGCUCGAGGACCGCCACCAGGUUGGGCGGGUUACCCACACGGAGUUCCACCGCAAAUGCAACGACCGAUGCCUCAGAAUCCGCCCGUUGAGCCCACUCAAGCGCAACCCGAUUCACAACAGCCAACAAGCUCUCAACCACAACCGCUUGCAUCUGGAGCACCACAAGCCGGACCCGCAACUCCGUCACUCACAUCCCAAGCAACAACACCUGCUCCGCCAGCCACUCCGGGACAACCCGGAACACCAGCUUCGAUUUCAGGAAACGCUUUGCAGGUUGAGGCUGGUAGUCGCGCUCCAUCAGCCGGUCCCCCACCUGCAGCUACACCCGAUUCGGCGAGUCGGAUGAGUGCCAACGAUGAUCGACCGCCAAGCCAAUCAACGACGAGCACACCGGUGCCACCACUACCCAACGCCCCAAUGCCACCUAGUGCUGCAUCUCCCUAUUAUUCGACAAACAUGCCCCCGCAUUAUGCCCAACGAGUUCCACCCGGAGCACCGCAACAAAUGCGUCCACCUUAUGCCGGUUAUCCUCCCUACAAUAUGGGCCCGCAAGGACAAUACAUUCAACCGGGCUACUGGCGAGGUCAACAACCCGGUCCUCAAGCCUACAAUGGACCGGCUCCUCAACCUGGUCCUAGUGCUAUUCCUCCAGGACAACAGCCUCAACCUGUACCAACGAAUGCAGCUGCUAGCCCCGCGCAGAGGUUUUACCCAAGACCCGUCCCAUCAACACAAGGAGCACCGUCGCCAAAUCAAAACAGAAUCCCACCGUCCUACCAACCCACAGCACCAGCAAGAUCAACGAUCCAAGCUCCCUUACCAGUUCCAACUCCAGUUCAGCCACAACAACAGCAGCAACCUCAACAACUUGUUUCCGCACCACAGCAACCCGUUUUCCCGACUGAUUCUAUUGAAGCGGCUGUGAUGAGCACGAGAAAGCGAAAGAGACCGUCGACAAAGGAUUUGAUUGGAGUCAAUCCACGACGAGUUUUGAUGGCUUUACGCUCAGGGCUUGAGACGGAAGCGAUCUGGGCGCUGAACGCGUUGUCAGUGAGUUUAACGGAAGAUGUGAACUCGACAAGGGGCCACGAAUGGAUUCACCUCAUUGGCCCACUCAUCGAGCAUAUGGCCGCCGCGAUCAGUGUUUUGUGGCCCGACGUUUUUCCGCUAACCGAACCUCCAAAAUUGGGAUGUAAAGAUGCAGAAGUGGCAAAUGAUGAAGAGAAAAGCGAUGAUAUUUACAUUGAUGGACUCUCGGAACAACUUGGAAAAGAACUUGUUGGGAAACGGCAACAGGAGGACAAGAAACAGCAAAAUUUCACAUUGGUGACGCGAACGGGAAGAGCGGUGAAAUUCGAAAAGUCGACCAUUCCAGCUGAAUUGAAAAGAUCGUUGUGUGGGCUUGAGCCGGAGAAAUCUGUAGAAGAGUUGACUUACAAUCUUCACCUUGAUGGGGAAAAAGUCGCCGUUGGAGUGUUGGCAGCUCGGAUCACGGCCUCGUUCAAACAGAUGAUCGAAUCGGCUUCUCAAAAUGGAAAUCCCGUCUUCUCGAGGCCGUCCACAUCUUAUGAUGCAGCGAGACCAGAGAAAUGUUGCAAAAUCGAGAUCGAAGAGGAUGAGGAGCAAUGCCCGAUUUUCUAUCGACAACCGACGAAAUUCGAGCAACUUGAUGGACCGAUCGAUUUUGAGCAAGAAAUGCCAAGACGAACGGCCAUCGUCAUCCCAGAAGUUCCAAUGGGAAGCAUAGCAGCCCGAGCUCUUUGCGCGUCGAAUGCUUUACGAUCGCUUUCAUUCUGCCCAAAUCUCGAACUACAACUCACCAACAAUCGCUCACUUUUGGUGCUUGUCGCUCAUUUUCUGAGGCUUGAAAUUCACGACAAACUCUUCAAGCGAAUGCCCCCAAUGACGAAAUUUGAUCCGGAAUCACCACUCGCCGAGACUGAGAGUAGCGCCGAACAACAAAGGAAAGCCGUCGCGUUGCUAGAUGACGAGGAUGAGGAGCAUUGCAUCAAAUUGGAGACAGCCGCUCAACUCCGGGAGGACGCUUUGACGAUACUUUGUCAUAUCUCUGGAUCGUUGAUUCUUUUUGAUCUCCCGGGCACGAUUUCGUACAAGAUUUUGGAUGGUCUCUUGCAUUGGGCCACAUCGUCACUUCCUUCAGCCACCGAUGUGAUCGGUGACUCGGGGAUCAGUCCACGAAACUACGCACUCGAGAUCUUGUGCAAGUUGAGUGUCGUCGAGAGUAACGUCGAUUUGAUUUGUGCGACAGGGCCAUGGCCAAGAUUAGAGAAAAUGGUGACAGUGCUGGCCAAGUUGAUCAACAUGAAUGAGGAGACGCAUGUUCGCGAAUUCGGCAUCGUGAUCUUGAAUGCGGUGGUGAGUGUGUCACCGGAAUUGUGCUGGGUUGCCGCGCAUAAAUCACCAGCCAUCGAACAUCUCAUUUCAUUCAUCGAGACGGCCGAUUCGAAUAUGCACCAGGUAAUGCAACAACAUGGAAUGAACGCACUGCGCAGCGAUCCCGAAUUGAUGGGAACAUCGGUGGGAAUGCUGAGAAGAUCGGCGUCUCUGUUGCGGCAACUCUCGCGAGCCAACGAAUCGCAUCGACUCUUUGCAAGGCAUCAGAAUCGACUACUGCAAUUCACCAUGUCUCAAUUAAUGGAUUCCCGUGUCGCUGGAAUGGUUGCCGAUACGUUGUACGCUGUGCAAACGGCUCUUUCGAACGACGAAGAACUAUCAAAAAAGUUCGAAAAUCACGGUCUCAACCCGAAGAAGCAAAGAGAUGUCGAGAUGAAACGAGAGGAACCCGAUUCGGAUUCGGAGAGUGACGGAGGAUUUGAAGAAACGAUGGACGCCAGCACCACGACACAAGAGAUCAACGGUCGAUGCACGGAAAAGUCCAUAACUCCGACACAGCUCGAAGACAACACAUCCGAUUCGACGUCGACCCUUCCUCAGCAAAAUGGGAACCGAAAUUUGAAUGGUCAAGCGGGGAGUGGAAGUGAAAGUGGAGGAAGCCCAAGACAAGGCAAUAUUGCAGAGGUAAAAGGACAGGCCACCAAAACGACACAACAACAACAACAACAACAAUCGACACGAGCCGUCCCAAAUGGGAUUCAUCCGCGAGAAAACGGUGGAAUGACGGCCGUGGCU